CUCGAAUGGUAUUAUAACAACGUGAAGAGUCGCUUCAAGAGGUUCGGCAGCGCCAAGGUUCUGAAGACUCUGUACAGGAAGCACAUCAUCGAGAGAGGAGCGCUCUCCGAUCUGCCCGAAAGCAGCGCUCACGAGGGAAGCACCGGCAACGACAACGAUGGCAGCGUCUGUGACAGCGACUCCGCCUUCUACAAACAGAGCGAAGGACACAGUAUGGCCGAGACGCUCACAGUCGCCCUGCGUGUCGCUGAGGAGGCGAUAGAGGAAGCCAUCGCUAAGGCGGAGGAGUUCAGUGACAGCUUGGAGAAGCAGAAUGAGGCUCGAUAUCUGCAGGACCACAAAGAGGAACUCAUAGAAGAACUCGCCACAACUAUCGUACAAAAAAUCAUCCAGAGGAGGAAGCGCUCGGAGAUGCAGACAGAGUACGACUUUGUCUGGCCGCAGCCUCAGAAUCUGAUCCAGCCCGGAGAACUCGCCUCUCCGUCGCAGCCUCAAGCGUCUUCACAAGCCCCCCAGGACCCUCUGAAGACCUCCUACUCUCUGUGGCGUUCGCGCUCAGCGUUCUCCCUCACCAGUGACGACUCCCCAGAGAAGGGUCUGGAGGAAGAGGGGGGGGCCCGGGCCGGUGGAGGGUCACAAGAUUACACCUCUCUAAAGAGGGAGGGCAAGGCCACAGCACUCCCCAGCUGGAAGAGUGUGGACCGCCUGGACAACUCCAGUGCGUCCUCGGUGCUCCAGAGUCCGGACGGGAACUGGAUCGCUCUACACAGCUCCCAGCUGUCCCGGCCCAGCCUGCUGACCAAGAGGAAGAGCCUGGUGUUCAGCGCGCUGGAGAAGGAGUCCGGCGUGGUGUCGGCGUACGACGGGAUGGGGUCCGACUCUGAGCCGGACGACGAGGGCGGCUGGGGGGCGGCGCUGAGACAGUUCAGGCGCAAAAUGUCCGACGAGACGUACUACACGGACUCUCAGCACGACCCCGAGUGGACGUACACGCAGCACCUGCCCGUCACCUCCCCCUCCUCCGGCCAGUACACCAACACAGAGACGCUCAACUCGGACUCCGAGGCCUCGUCCGUGCUGUCGGCCUGUCCCCGAAAACCCCCCCACAACCUGCUGAGGAAGAAAGGACCCCCCCCCGACACACACCUGCACCCCCCCCACCAGCCGCUGUACCACCAGAACCUCUCCCCGUACCCAGUGCCCUCAGAGGCCCUGGACGUCAACUUCAACCCCAAGGUGACGGGGGACAGCAGUGAGGCGGAGGAGAAGAAGAUCGACCCCGUCAGGAGGUCACGGAGACGCAGGAAGAGCAAGAGAGAGUCUUCAUCAGAGCAGAGAGCUGCAGGGAGCCACGCUCAGUCCAUCUACCCUCUAGCUCAGGAGAACAGUGGUUUCCUCCUCAACGCUCUCCUGAAGCGGGGCCUCAGUGAGGAGCAGUCAGUUCCCGACCCUGUGCCAUCAGCUGCACCGGACGCCUUCAAAUCAGACGCCAUGACCCCUGAGCCAGAGGACUUGGACACGGUGGCUCCAAAUUCAGCGGCCCCCAGCCCUCCACAGCCCCAAUCUGUGGCCCCGGGACCCCCGCCUGCAGACUCUCUGGAGGAGGAGCUGAGGGCCAGACUCAGCCAGCUGGUCAGCAGAGCAAACAGCAAAGACUGCAGCUCGUCGGAGGAAGAGGAGGAAGAGGAGGAGAGCACGAAAGACACCGAGAGACAGAGAGGAAGUGACAGACUGAGUGAAGAAAGAGAGGAAGAAAGUGAGACGGUGGAACAAGGGAACGGACCGGAGGAGAGACUAAUAAAGAGUCCUUCAGAGAGGGAGGAGACGAGGUUAGAGAUGGGGGUCGAGUGUUUGGAAGAGAAGGUAGAAGAGUGGGAGCCAAAGAGAGGAGACAAGAGAGAGAGUAAGAGACAACACAAGAGAGACGCUGAGAAGGAGGCGAGGAGGAGUGGAUCCAGCGCCAGUUCACCUGCUGUUACUCCAUCCUUCCAGGAGGGGGCGCUGUCAGACAACCAGGAGGAACAGCAUGACUUGGAGCAACAGCAGAGGCUUCAGUUGCUCUCCUCUCUCUUGCAGCAGCAGAAGUACUCGGCGGCCUCUCUCUGCAGCAUCACCACGGAGGUGCUGAAGGUGUUGAACGCCACAGAGGAGCUGAUCGGAGAGGCAGGAGGAGAGAGCUUCAGCCAACAGAGCCCCUCAGCGCCCCCCCCCGUGUCCAACAGCGCCGACACCCGCCAGCUGGACCAGAGGCUCACCAAGAUGGAGGAGAACGUGUACCUGGCUGCAGGUGAGGUGUACGGCCUGGAGGGGGAGCUGGGGGACCUGGAGGAGUGCGCACGCAGCAUUCAGAGCGGCACCAGCGACACAGAGCUGUCCUUCCUGGAGGACCAGGUGGCCUCUGCUGCCGCCCAGGUGCAGCACUCUGAGAUACAGAUUUCGAACAUCGAGGCGAGGAUAUCCGCUCUGAAAACAGCUGGGUUGAAUGUGAAUGUCUGCAAUCAUUUCUCCAAGUUCAAGCCAAAGGCCAAGCCUCAAACCCUGGACUCAUCACGCCAUCAGAGGAGGAAGCUCCCUGCCCCCCCACUGAAAGAGAAGUUGGAGCCAGAGCAACAGGUGAAAGUGUUUCGGCCGUAGUGACAGUCAGCAGCACAAGGAGUCCCUCAGGGCGGUUUCAGAGCCCCAGGGACGGGCCCCUCUCAUCCAGUGCCUUGACCCAGUGCCCGCCUCCAGGCCAAUCAGGGGCCAACACCUGCCCUGUGACCCUAAAAGCACUCUGUCGGUACCCUGUCAGUCAAAAACCGGCAAAAGAGACAACUGGCUCUUUCGUCUUUCCCAUGAAUCGUCCAUUUCUUCACUUCGUAACAUAAAGCAAGGAUAACUCGACAGUCUGCCUUAAAUAUCUGCAAACAAUCCUCAUGGCCCUACAGAAAAAUAACAUCUGUACAGACAAGAAUAACUCUCAUUCCCCUUUUCUAUCUGUUUGCAAGAGUAUUGUGAUUUACUGUACAAUGAAGACGUGGAAAAAUCAAGUGAAACUUUCUGUGAUCCAGUGUUUUAUACUGCAUCCUCUUUCUCAACAGGUGACAUGUCAAACUCUAAGCCCCCCCCUCAGAGCUUUUAUGGAUGAUUUCCACACACAGCUAUCAGAUGGUAAUCCUCAUUGGGGAAUGAUUGUAACACCUUUGAUAUGUUAACCAUUUUAAUAAUUCAUGCACUUGCCAGAAAAUAAGGGUUAGACACACAAGGUAUCAGGGCCACGACUGUUUUCGUCCUUCCUUCCUAACUAGAGGGCUAAAAAGGAAAAACAAAGCACAUUUGAGAAAUCAUUUAUCCCUUCUUUACGGCCUCAAAUAAAGUAGUUACAUGAUUGGUAUCGGGAAAUAACGUUUUGACUAGAUUUACAGACAAAGAUCAAAACUACAGUAGAGUGUGUACAGUUCAUAUGAAGCCUGUUAGCUUAGUUUAGCAUAAAGACUCUAGCUUGCUAGCUUGACUUCACAAAGGUUAUGAUAUUAGCAGCACUUCUAAAGUUCACCUUUACAUACAUAUAGAGAUUUAUAUUUUUGUUUUAACUGUACAAAAGAUAGACAUAUAUUGUUCCGUCAAACAGAGCCAGUCUAAAUGUUUCUCCUGAAUUUCAGUCUUUAAGCUAAGCUAAGCUAACCAGCUAAUUAACUUCAUAACAAGGCAGACACGCGAUUCUCAUAAAAUGAAAAGGUGUAUUUCCCAUAUUGUCCAACUAUUCUUCAAAUACAUGUCGAUGAAGUGCUUUCCCAAGUAUUAUUAAAGCUACGUAGAAACAGACACAGCCUUAAUAUGAGGGCUAUGCUUUUACAUUGAAACGAGUGAAACUAAUGUCUGAAUGUCAGACAAACUCAACUCAGGUCUGACAUUCAGGUUUGCCAACUUUCCCCCUGUUCAGUAUUCUUCAACCUAAAGUCAUUUUCUUUGUUUACUUUCAAACGUUGUGGCCUUUUUUUUUUAAACAAAAAGGUAUUUUCAUGUUUUAACCUUUCGCUGUGUCAUGUCCACACUUUUGUGUUGCAUUCAUUCAAUCUUGCAAAGAUUUUUUACAUAAUGAAGUCACAUGGGCUAUAAAACAAAUGCCAUGAAACCAUGAUUUUGUUACAAGCAAUUUAUUUUUGUACUUACUGAACGUUUUUAUGCAACAUCACUGAUAUAAGUACUAUUGCACAUUGAAGGCUUUAUUCUCUCCUCAAAGGAGCCCUCCUCAGUCGGUUCUAUCUCACUCUCAUGACUCAAAGUGCUUUCAGUGUACGCCUGCAUUUACCAUUUGAUAUUCUGCCAGUAAUGACGACGGUAAAUGGUGCAAAAACACGGGUGUCAACAGGCAUCUUUGGAGCGGCUAGUACACACUGAUUCACACUGUAUUUGUACUCCUUAAACACUAGAUUUGAGAAUACUGCCUUUCAGUUUUGGUUGUUUUUCUUUACUCUGUGACCACUUGCAUUAGUCAGGUUCUCAGUUAGCCAUGCAUACGGUUGUCAACGUUUCUGCAGAGUUGUUUUUGCUGAUGGACUGCUUGAACUGAAAAAGGUGUGAUGAUCCUCUGAAUGAAUGCUCUGCCCCUCUUCAUCCCAGCCUUUCACUUCUCGGGUUUUGCACAUUGAUCCUGUACUUUUGUCAAUCUUGUUCUCCGGAGGUGUCGAUGUAUAAAAGCAUGUUUCUGGUUUUAUCGAAAUUUGAUGUGAAAAUGUCCCAUGAGAAGCACAGCCACAAGGGUCCAAUCAUCAGUGUCCUGUAUUUUUCUAAUGUAAAAAAUAAUAUUAUCUCAUCACAGAAUUUAUUAAUAUAUGUAUAUGUGUGAAAAGAUGGAUAUGAUAUAGAAUAAUGUGUAUUGCCCAAUCAUAGUUGACCAAUCUUUCAGUGUUGUGUGCAAGAGACUGUGUAUAUUGUCCUGAGGGCGGGGUUCACGCAGGAAGUCGAAUUUACUGUAACGGUGUCUCGGGAUAAAUGAUGAGAUUCCCUCAGAGCUGCAGACAGAUCUCACUUUAAACCCAGUGAGAUGUAGGACUCUCACUUUAUGUGCAAUCGUUCGAUGCGCUCCAUAUGACAUGUUGGAGGAAAUGUUAUCAAGCAAAAAAUACAGAUUCUCUAUGUGCAGACAAACAUGUAUUAUGAAAUGAAUAAAAUUUGCAAACUUAAAAA